UAUACACAAAUACAAAAAGACUUCCUUGCGGGCGGACGCGCGCACAUCAUCAUUGUGCGUGCGCGCUUCCGUGAGGCAGAGACGAAAAUGGCGACCCCAAAUCCCAUUGUAGUUCCCCGCAACUUCCGGCUGCUGGAGGAACUGGAGGACGGUCAGAAGGGUGGCGGCGAUGGUAUCGUGAGCUGGGGCCUGGCAGACGACGAUGACAUGACGCUAACUCACUGGAAUGGCAUGAUCAUCGGCCCGGCAAAGACUGUCUUCGAAAGCAGAAUCUACAGUCUGAAAAUAGAAUGUGGAAACAAAUACCCAGACCUCCCUCCUCUUGUCCGCUUUGUGAACAAGAUCAACAUGACCGGGGUACACAACUCAAACGGUGCGGUGGACAUAAAGGUAGUGACCUCACUGUCCAAGUGGAAAAACUCCUUCAGCAUCCGGACCGUCCUGCAGGGGCUUAGACAGCACAUGACGACAAAAGAGAACAACAGGCUGUCCCAGCCGCCUGAAGGCCAGGUGUACGGCAACUGAGGCUCCUGCUGCUCCCCCCCAGCUCAUCACAUGCGCGCACACACACACACACACAAACACACACACACACACACACACAUUAUCACACAUACACAAACACAGUCACACAGAGCAUCCUUAACACUUAACACUGAUUCUACCACUUUCAAAAAACAAAAGCAUCAUGUAAUCCAAGACUCUUGAGUCCCUCUUCCUUACUGGGAGGCUCCUAACAGAGGGAAGGAUGUACGGGGGAACCCGACGUCCUCAACCAGUGCCCAAUCAUUCUUACAAAACAAGAAUACUGUACAUCCAACUAAUGUUAUUUUUUAUUAUCUUUGUGUUCUACAUCCUGAUUGUAAAAUAACAAAUGACCUGAUUGAGUGUACCAAUCUUGUGUGUGUGCGCUGGAUUCUUCUUCACAGUUGGUCCCUGCGGUCAACUCGUCACUCGGCAAAACAGAUCCGCUUCAACUGACACGUUAAAUGUUUGAACCAUUCCAAUUUGUAUUUUAAACAAAGAGAAAUGCAGCCGAUCCCCCUGAAAGAUGACAAAAGUACCCCAAACAAAGCUUUGCUUCAAUUCCCAGCCAGCAUUAGCCUCAAAUUCCCCUGCUUCUGCAAUCCCGACGAUGUGAAUUUGACGGGUCUCUCUUAAACAAGUGCAUGUCCGGUACUUGGGGAUAAACUGCUACUAGACAUUCAGCGGCAUAUGUAUCAACAAGGCACUACUGGCUCAUCACUCAUGUUCUCAGACUUGUCUUCUGUGUGCCAUAUGGUUCAUAGCGCUUGUGAUAGUGAUUGAUUAUUAGCAGCCAGUGGGAAGGGGUGGGGGGAAGGGAGAGGGAUGGGAGGGAGGGGGGGUCUACAGGUCAUUGUACUUUCUCUCUUCAGAGAACUAGAGUCUGAUUGCAGGACCACCACUGUACUUUGGUCCAUGCGGAGCAGGAGGAGCUGUGAUUGUUCUUAUUUGUUGUUUUUGGUUUUUGUUUUGGUUUCUCUCUUCUCUGGGGCGAGCUGAGUCGUCUCAUCUCUCAUACAGUAAAAAUACCCACUGAAUGCAAUGUAUGGAUUUGGAUGUUUAUUUUAUAACAAGGGUUGAAUCUAAUCAGGGUGAUGGUGACCUAUUGCAUGGUUUUAUUUGAAUUAAAUGUUAUUACUUUUGCA